AUGCCGUCUCCCGAAGCGCCUGAUUCGCUAAGUGCCACGACCUGCGGCGCCGCUCACCUUGAGACGCGGGGUGCCGAGCAGAUUUCGGCGAGAGAUGAAGGCAAUGAAGCUCUCGCCGGUGAUGGCAAGGUGAAGGAAGCUCAAGGGUCUUCGUCGACGCCGUUGCCAUCUGCUGCUCCAGCUGAGAAAGACGAGCAGUGUCGCGAGCAGCACCUGCGAUGUGAUCGAGUGCUGCCCAUCUGCGGGCGGUGCCUGAUGACAGGGCGAGAGUGCAAAAAGGGCUACAAGUUUCGCGCCCCCAAGCACGCCGUAUUCAGAGAGAGCCACAAGUGGCCUGCGCCGCCAAAGAAGCUCAAGUUCAUCGACGAGACUCGCGGUGUCGAGCUCGGCGAGGACCUCGACAGCAACGAGUCUGUUCACGACUCGGCGCCAGACGUUGACGAAGUUGGGACAGAAGCCACAACAGAAGUCGCGUCCACUUCGCCAGGCACGGCUACGGCCGUAGACUCGACAGUCUCUGAUGAUCAGCGUCGGCCGUCAAUAUACGCAGCAAAGGCGGCGAGCUGGCCUUUGCCUGGAGACGAGAGCCGGCCCGGCGCCAAAAGCGUCGUUGAUGGCGGCGACGUGGUGGACGAGCCUGUCCAACCUCCGCAUCGAAUAUCGUUGAGUACGCCUGGCGCCGACAACCACAGCCAGCACGGUAGCCAUCGCGAACAUUCUGGCUCCGUCGUGAGUCUGCCGCCGGUGCAGUCGAUGUUGCCGCCGUUGGAGGGCAUAUACACCGAUCGACCGAUAUGGCCUAUCCAAGGGCGAAAAGAAGCCACGCUGUUCCGUCAUUACGUGGACAAACUUGGAUUCUGGCUCGAUGCGUGUGAUCCCUCCAGACAUUUCGAGGUCGAAGUACCGCAGCGUGCCGGCUCAUGUCCCAUCUUGCUCAACGCCAUCUUCGCCCUUGCCUCGAGGCAUCUGAGCCUGACGAGCGCAUACGACUCGCUGGCAUCGAACCGGUACCACGAGCAGUGCCUCAACUACUUGAUCCCACUGCUGGACCACGCAGGAACGGUGUCGGACGAGAACUUGUUUGCUGCAACAAUCAUACUUCGCGUGCUGGAAGAAAUCGAUGUAAACACCCUGGGCCAGGACACGCACGGCCACCUACUCGGAAUUCACGCCUUUGUCAACGCCGGAGACCGAUUCCUUAUGCCGGGAACUUUGACGGCGGCAUGCUUUUGGGCUGGACUGAGGCAGGAGAUCUACAGCGCCGUCAUCAACCAACAGGUGGUCCGAAUGAACCUCGGUCAUGCCAUUGUCGACCGAUCCACCACCCCGGCCGACGACUUUGUCUGGGCAAAUCGUGCCAUUGUCCACUGCGCCGAUGUCCUCAACUUCUGCUUCGGGUCCGAGGCGGGGUCGGUGCUGCAAUGGGGCCAGCUCGAAAUGGCAAACAGAGAAUGGAAGAACGCGCUACCGCCUUCGUAUACUCCCAUCUUCUUCCGAGAGAGGACAGAUGAGGAGGCUUUCCCCGAAGUAUGGUACCAGAAGGCUUGUCAUAUAUCUCAGAUAUCCGACGAUCCGGAAGGCUGGCUCAUGGCCAACCCUCCUCUUCAGGAACCGCUUACUGACAACUCCUCGGUAGUCAUCGCUGUCCAACACCACAUUCUCGCCGAAAUGUACCUCGUGCUGUUCAAUCCGAGCAUACCACGAGUCGGCGGCGGCCGCAAAGCUGCUGAGAAAAGGCUGACCCAGCAGAUUCAGGAUCUCCUGCGGAGUCUCUGUGGAAUUGGCAUGUGCAACCAAUGGUCACCGCCGGCCAUGUUCACGGCGUGUAUGGGUAUAGCCAUCGCCGGUGAUCGAUUCGACACCAAGCAUGACCAGGAAGCUCUGCUGAAGAUGCUCAGCAUCACCGAAAAGGCCCACGCAAGGCCCACGACAGCGGUGCGGGAUCAGCUGAUGCACGCAUGGGGCUGGUUGGACGGGGAAGCAAUGAACGAGGAUUGA